UGAAAGUACUUUGUGCAUAGUUGGCAUUUUUAUCAUUCUAAUUUACAAAAACUUAUUAUAAUAUAGUGUACAUAGAUGGUAUCAUAGAUACUAUGGAGCAUUUAUUCAGUACACUCCCUUUCUAUAUUUUGUAUGUAGGAUUAUAAUUAUUCAUUUUUAAUCAGGAAGCAUUUAUGUCAAGAAAGAAUAAAUGGAGAGUUUGGAGAAGACUUCUGCGGGGGAAAGAAAUUUUUACUUCUUAAUUAAGGAAUAAUAACUUUCUAAAAUUUUCUGUCAGGUACAAAAAGUCAGAAGAGCAAGAUAGAAUUCAAAAAGUAUUACAAGUUUGUUUCAUGCUACCUAUAACAAGAAUCUGAAUGACUGAUGGUCAAGGCAAAUUGGCAACAGAUGAGAAGUGGAGGCUAGACUUGGAUCUCUUACGGGGCGAAGAGACUUAAACUAAUGAUACAUUUGACCCUGCCCUCAGGCUCAUCCUGGUCAUCUCCUACAUUUUCAUUCUGAUUUAAGCUUAAGUUUUCAUUCCAUUGCAGUAUUUCUGAAUCACAUCUCUACUGAAAAAAAUGACUACAGGGUGACUAUGCUGGUUCCUCCUUCAUUCACAAAGUCUACAUCCAUGGAUACAGACUUUCCCAAUAAAGCUUCUUGUGACAGAAGAAUGUGCUUCUACUGGAUUACAUGCUCUGCAUGCUAUAAAGUUAAUAUUGUGCCCGGUGACCCUUUUCAGGCCCACUAGCCAUGCCUGGCAUUGUGGUGUUCCGUCGUCGCUGGUCUGUGGGAAGUGAUGAUCUUGUUUUGCCCGCCAUUUUUCUCUUUGUUCUUCAUACAACUUGGUUCAUCAUCCUUUCUGUGGUGCUCUUUGGACUGGCAUACAAUCCCAAUGAGACCUGCUCUCUCAAUCUGGUGGACCAUGGCAGAGGUUAUCUGGGUAUUUUGCUCAGCUGCCUGAUCGCUGAAGUUGCAAUCAUCUGGCUCAGCAUGCGUGGCAGCAUUUUGUACACAGAACCCCGGGAUUCCAUGCAAUAUGUGCUAUAUGUCAGACUAGCAAUCUUGGUGAUUGAAUUUGUCUACGCUAUUGUGGGCAUUGUUUGGUUAACCCAGUACUACAGUUCCUGCAAUGAUGUUACUGCCAAGAGUGUUACUUUGGGAAUGGUGGUCUGUAACUGGGUGGUCAUUUUGAGCGUCUGCAUCACUGUCCUUUGCGUCUUUGACCCAACAGGACGGACUUUUGUUAAAUUGCGAGCCACAAAGAGGAGACAGCGUAAUCUAAGAACAUAUAACCUGAGGCAUCGCUUGGAAGAAGGCCAGGCUAGCAGCUGGACCCGCCGUCUGAAAGUUUUCCUCUGCUGUACACGAACAAAAGAUUCACAAUCAGAUGCUUACUCUGAAAUUGCAUAUCUCUUUGCUGAAUUUUUCCGAGAUCUUGACAUAGUCCCGUCUGAUAUUAUAGCAGGCCUCGUUCUACUACGUCAACGACAAAGGGCAAAACGCAGUGCGGUAUUGGAUGAAGCAAACAAUGAUAUACUAGCUUUCUUGUCGGGAAUGCCAGUUACCAGGAACACAAAAUAUUUGGACCUGAAAAACUCACAAGAGAUGCUGCGAUAUAAAGAAGUAUGCUAUUAUAUGCUCUUUGCUUUGGCUGCUUAUGGUUGGCCCAUGUAUUUGAUGAGGAAGCCUACCUGUGGACUCUGUCGCUUGGCCAGAUCCUGCUCUUGCUGUUGCCUCUGCACUACUCGGCCCCGUUAUGCACCUGGUGUCACCAUUGAGGAAGAUAAUUGCUGUGGCUGCAAUACUAUUGCCAUUCGACGCCAUUUCCUUGAUGAAAACAUGACUUCUGUGGACAUUGUGUACACUUCAUGUCAUGAUGCGGUUUAUGAAACCCCCUUCUAUGUGGCUGUAGAUCACGAAAAGAAGAAAGUAGUCAUCAGCAUUCGAGGAACUUUAUCACCAAAGGAUGCUUUGACUGAUUUGACUGGAGAUGCUGAGCGCCUCCCUGUGGAGGGUCAUCACGGAACAUGGCUUGGACACAAGGGGAUGGUGCUAUCUGCUGAGUAUAUAAAAAAGAAACUGGAGCAAGAGAUGGUGUUGUCUCAGGCUUUUGGCCGUGAUUUAGGCAGAGGAACAAAACAUUAUGGCCUAAUUGUAGUGGGCCAUUCCUUAGGAGCAGGCACAGCAGCCAUUUUGUCCUUUCUACUACGUCCACAGUAUCCAACUCUAAAGUGCUUUGCUUAUUCUCCACCAGGUGGGCUUUUAAGCGAAGAUGCUAUGGAGUACUCCAAAGAAUUUGUGACUGCAGUUGUGCUAGGCAAAGACCUUGUUCCCAGGAUUGGCCUCUCACAAUUGGAAGGAUUUCGCCGGCAACUUCUUGAUGUUUUGCAGAGAAGUAAUAAACCAAAGUGGAGAAUCAUAGUUGGUGCAACCAAAUGCAUACCCAAGUCUGAGCUCCCUGAAGAGCCUGAAGGGAACUCAAUAACCAGUAACCGCCUCUGGACUCAUCCUAGUGACUUAACUAUUGCCCUGUCAGCCAGCACACCUCUCUAUCCUCCUGGGCACAUUAUCCAUGUGGUUCAUAAUCAUCCUGUUGAACAGUGCUGCUGCUGUGAUCAGGAUGAACCUACGUACUUUGCCAUUUGGGGAGACAACAAGGCAUUUAAUGAAGUGAUAAUUUCUCCAGCAAUGCUACAUGAACAUCUGCCAUACGUAGUAAUGGAGGGUCUUAACAAGGUCCUGGAAAAUUACAACAAGGGCAAAACAGCUUUGCUUUCUGCAGCCAAAGUGAUGGUGAGUCCUACAGAAGUGGACCUCAACCCGGAAUUAAUCUUCCUGAAUCAACCCCUGCCUAGUAGACCUUCUGUACAGAUUGGAAUUGGAGACAUAACAGUGGACAGAAGGAACAGCAGUACUAAGACUAAGGCUCACACUGAAAUCAGUUUGGAAGGGUUUUAUGAAACCAAGCUUCUGUCACCAGUGCAGAAGGAUCCUGUGGAGGUCCUGCUACUAGAUACCAAGGAACGCCUGUCUGUAGAACUGCAGGACCGGCGUGCUCCUCUUGCUACAAUGGAGAGCCUAUCUGAUAAUGAAUCCAUCUAUAGCUUUGAUUCAAGGCGUUCCUCUGGUUUCCGUAGCAUCCGUGGCUCACCCAGUCUCCAUGCAGUCAUGGAAAAAGAUGAAACUCAUUGUUUUUAUAUUGAUCCAGCAAUUCCUGAGGAGAACCCCUCUCUGAGCUCACGGACAGAACUGCUUGCUGCUGACAGCCUCUCCAAACACUCCCAGGAAACUCAACCUCCUGAGGGCCUGCAGAACAGUGGAGACACCACUCCUCAGCGGCGAUGCAGCGAUGAAGGCGCGGGUAGUGAUACAGAUCAUAUUUCCUUUACUCCAGAAGAAUUGACCCUCCAAAAUGGGAGGCUAAGUGAUGCCCCCAGCCCACAAGUGUUGGAGUUUGCAGAGUUUAUAGAUAGUCUCUUUAACCUGGACAGCAAAAGCAGUUCCUUUCAGGACAUUUACUGCAUGAUGGUAUCGGACAGCACCAGUGAUUUUGCUGAGAUUCCCAAGUCAGUCAGUGACCAGGAGAUCUUGCUAAGAGCACAGUAUGAACCUAAUUUAGUCCCAAAGCCCCCCAGGUUAUUUGCAGGCUCAACAGAUCCUUCCUCAGGCAUAUCUGUUUCCCCUUCUUUCCCUCUGAGUUCUUCUGGAGAGCUUAUGGACCUCACUCCUACAGGCAUGAGUAGCCAGGAAUGCCUCACCACUAACAAAAUCCGGACUUCCACUCCCACUGGAAAUAUGACCAGUCCUGCCAAACAAGAAGACCUUGUGAUCUCAGCCCUCUAAUAUAGGAGAGAAGGUGCAGAAUACCUAAUCCUAUAAUAGUGAAUCUUGGGACAGCACUUGGAGGAGCUGGUCUCUUGGCAAGUGAGAAUGGGUGAAAAUGCAUGGGGAAGUAUAGUUUCCCUUUCUGGGUGCUACACUAAUGGCACUGCAAAGGAUUUCAGCAUGAAAGAUGCCACAUCAUGGGUCAUGUUCUUUAGUUAGGGAGAAAAUCACUGCCUAAUGCAGCUUGCUGCUUUUCAGGGUCUUGUUCACUGAAGUUAGAUGAUUGGUUUCCCUACCUCAGCAUAUUUCUUUAACAAGAAGGCAGACUCAUUGCCUUUCCUGCUGAAAUUAUGAACGUACUGUCCAUGGGCUACAUAAUUAGAGUAACUGAGGUCUGAUAAUGCCCAAUUGUCAUGUCAAAAUCAAGGAAAUUCUGACAUUGGGCUUUAUUGCACUAGUGUGUGAUGUUUGAUCCAAGUACCUGUUUAUUGUUGUCACCAUGAUUUUUUUUAAUGACAUGCUCUCCCGUUUUAUAGCCAUUGACUGCGUUCCAGAGGAAUGCAGCCUCCCGCUUUAAACCCUAACUGGGUGCAGUGAGAAUUGGGAUGGGGCAACCUGUGCUCCUCCGAUUAGCUCUGUGUUCAGUGAUAUCUGCUCUUCUUCUAAGAAGAAAGAAAAUACGUGUGCUGGAGAGUUGAAGGCCAUUUCCAUCUUUCAUCACCCACUGGAGGGGUGAACAGUCUCUUGGGUCUCACAUUGUUACACAGCUCCCCAAACCACUAUGAAAUAGAGACAAUCUUGCUCUCUAGUAUAAUUGUCAUCUUUAUUUGCAUGGAUUAAUUGGUCUAAACUAGCUUUUGUUCUUCAAGAAGCUUGCCUAUGCCCUGCAUUAUUCCCCAAGUCCUUGAGUAUGGAACUAUUUUGUUCCCAUUUAUAAUUGCAGUAUAAUAUUGUCUGUCUCUGAAUUCAGGAAAAAAGGGGCUUUUACUGCAUAUUGAAAUCUCAUGUAUGUUUACAGAUCUACUAAACAUUUGGGAGGUAAUCAGGAAAUGUCUACUUUUGUGGGGAAAAUGUGCUCUCUGCCCUUCCCAUUUCUCUAUUGACAAGGGGCCCUAACUCAGCCAUGGAAAAAGUAAGAAUAAUUGCUAUUACAUAUCCUUACUAGAAAGAAAGACUGGAAUGUUGGCAUUAACCCUCUGUGUAGUGCAUCCUAACACCCAACUGAAUAUUACGGGCUUAUGAAUAUGAGGUAACUGCACAACAGCAGCUCCUGAAAUCGCAUCUCAGCUAUUAAUCUGCAGUUUGGUGCUCACAAUUAUGCUUAUGACAACAGGGUGACACUGUGUAAAAUUGCAGGGAUUUUCCAAUGGAGAAAUUGGGGAUGAAAUAACAUUUAUGUAGAAGUUAAACACUUGAUCUACAUGCAUACAAUAAUCUUGUAUUGUGCUAAAAUAUAACUGAAUAUGACUUUAAUGCCACAGCAAAUUUUUACCUUCAGACUAGUUCAAUAUACUGUGUCUGGGUUCUACAAAGUACGCUAGACUCAUCUUACAGGUCAUGAAGUAUGUCCUUAGUAAAUCCCUUAAGUUUGCAGCUGUAAGCCUCCAAGUAGGCUGUUAAAAUAAAGUGGUUUUGAGGAAUUUUUUAAGCUCCCAUGAAUGAUUAGUAUGCUAUGUUAUGCUUAGAAGUUGUACAUUGUGAAGAAGAUUGAGAAGAACUACACUUUGUGGUAACAGAUAAUGUAACCCUGCAUAUCUACUUGUAAACAGUCUCAGUAGGCUCAGUGAGACUUUUUCACAGGUAAGUGUGCUUAGAAUUGCAGUCUUUAGUUCUAGGAGACUGUCUAUAUUCAAAUUGCUGCCUUCUAUACUUUUAACACUGCAUUUAUUUGAAAUAAGUGCAAUUUACUUGAAAUAGGUCUGCAGUAAACUCAUGUGACUCCCAUUUGAGAAAAUGCAUUGAAUUGGGCUGCAAAAUUUGGUUAUAAAAUAGUAUACUUACAUUGCAUUAGUGUAACUUAUUUUACAACAUGAAGGAUACUGUUGAAACUGCGGCCUUUGGUAUUUAUGUGCUCUUAAGUGAGACAGGUUAACUCUAAAGUGAUUAUGCUUUGGAAUUAUAAAUUUCUACACUUAACAUAGUAUUAAUUUAAUGAUUUAGGGUUAUUCCAGUUCGUUUUAUAGCUUUGUUUUCAAAUGUUCCUCUUUUUCCAAGAGUUCUUGUAUCAGUCAAGAACAAUUCUGCCCAUCUUCAAGAAAAAAAAUCUGUCUUUUGUACAUAGUACAACACAAUAGUAGUUGUUGUCACUCAUUUAGAUUAUCAUAAAUAUGUGCUACCCUAGGCUAACAAAAUGUUGUUCUUCACUAAAGAAAUAAUAAGAAUAAUAAAUAAAUAAUAAAAUAAAAUAAAUCAUAAAUAGAAAUAACAUUGAGCUAUUUAAGGUAAAUUCAGAUUUUCAAACAUUUGGAUAUUUUUUGUGAUGAAAGCACAUAACAAAUACUUUAAUGAAAUUUGGAAAAGAAGAGAUAUUGGUAAGUUUAAGGUGCAGGUCCUUAUAAUGAGUUAGACAUUCCAGAUUGAGUGGCUUAAGGAUCUGAGGUAAACAAUCUAAAUUGGAUGGUUUCAAUCAAUCACAUAAAAGCAAUGUUUUGUAAAUUGAACUACCAUAUUUUUUGCACUAUAAGAUGCACCUGACCAUAAGACGCACCUAGCUUUAGAGGAGGAAAACAAGAAAAAAAAUCAGGUGAAGCCUAAGAGGAUCACAAUAGGUGUGCUCUCAUGUGCCAGCUCUGCCUAUUGACUCCUGCAUUGCGGAAGAGACAGAAGAGAUGAGGUUCAGCACUAUAAAAGGACCCUGCUGUGACGGCCCAACUGCUAUUCACCAAAGGACUGACACCAAUGCACAGACAUUUCCACCCACUUUGAGGAGCGGGGAGAGUGUGUCU